AGGGUUGCAAAUUUUAUUAUAGCAAAGUAAGAAAACGACAUGAAGAAAACUGGAAUCCUCGCUGCUUCCAUCUCUGAGGCAGCUUCCGCCUCCACCGCCACCAUGAACACCACCGUAUCCUUGUCUUUGCCGAAAUCAAACCUUUCCCGUCAGGAUUCAAAGGAGAAACAGAGGAAGAAGAAAAAGGGUUCUGAAGAAGGGGGAGAUAAAAAGUUUGGUCCAAGGUUCGAUGGGUUAAGGUUCAUUGAGACCCUUGUUACUGCUCACCGAUAACCAAAGCAUUCUUCUCAUUUGACAAAGUUUGAUAUAGUUUCUACGAUUUACCAACAACAAUUGUUGAUUUUAAUGUUUAAGCUUUUUUUGUUUUAUAGUAAUUUUGGGUUGAAGUGUAACGCAACAUGUUAUGACAUGUCAUGUUAUACGAGAUUCAUGUGCCUUGGAGAUUAACUCACCACAUUAGCUGCCAAAAUGUUGUCGUGAUCCACAUGCUAGUAUUGUGAUGUGUAGCGAAAUUUUCACGAGGACUCAGAUGUGUAGCGUAAUGGAUGAUACUCGUAUUGUUGAUACGAGAUCAUAUGGAUUCAAUUCCCCCACAAUGCAUAUUACUGAAAUGUAGGCCAGCCUAAAC